GAGGCAUGAAGUCCACCGUUAAGUGACAAAGACAUGAUAGUUUGAGGGAUAAUGGCAACAGCAGGAGCAUCAGGAGGAUCCACACUACACAGUGUUACAGAAAACCAGAAGCGAUGGUUGGUCUUUGGAAUUGCACUGAGCAAAGUUCUAGUUUCUCAAAUACGCCCUUUUGUAGAAACAGAAAUCCAAAAACAAUAUGGCAACCUUCAAACUAGCCAUGGUAUUCAUACUCAGAGCACAUCAGGGCGUCUUAAGCAUUGGCCAAAGUUCUUAAAGUAUGAGAACAUUAAUGGUAAUGAUGGAAUUCCUAAACUGCCUUCUGGAAAGUAUGACUUCUCCAAGUUUGAUUGCCGAGUGAUGUCACAUGUUGACUUUGCUAAGUUGUAUGUGGAGAAUCAUAUGGCUAAAUUCAAUGCGUUUGAUGAGUUCUGUGAUGCAUCAGCCAUCCUGGCACUGCUUGGCAGAGUCCCAGUGUUCUCUGUUGAUGUACAAAGUGCAGCAGGUGCUGUAAGAGAGGCUAGGAAUGCCUGGGCGCACUGUGCAUUCUCUGAAUGGGAUCCUGUGAAAUAUCAACAAAACUUUGCUGCUAUGGAACAGCUUGUUAAGAAACUUGGCCUUCCAGGUUCCAGCACAAAGGACCUUUUAACAGAGCUAAAGAAUUGGGAGGAAAAAGGCACGAUUCUUUGUAUGAACGCAACCAUGGACCCUGAUUUGUUGAAGUUGGUACAACAGCACGUUCAUGAUCUGAUGACAGAUGUAGAAAAGCUGACGUUUGAGGUGCAAGAGGACAGAGAACGAUUCUCACUGGCACUAGCAGAAGUUUUAUCAAAUCUAGAGGAAAUGGAAACAAGACUUGAUCGGAUGCAGGUCGAGCAAGAAGCCAUCAAACGAGAUCUGUCACAGAAAAUCGAAUGCGUAGAAACACGAGUCUCACUGCUGGAAAAUCAAGAGGCCUGCAGUCCUAAAGGUUCAGAAGAUGUGAUAUCUCAACAAUGCUACAGCACAGUGUCUGAGGAGAUUUCUGUGUUUGAUGCUGAUAUCACAUUUUUUGCCAAGCGGCUCGACCCAGACACGAGACAGUGGUUCUUUGAUGAUUUUAACGCCUGGUUCCGUGAUCCUGGAAACUCUCGAGCUUACGUUCUACUUGGCGACCCAGGAGUCGGAAAAAGUGUUAUAGCCGGAGCCCUGGCACAGCGAAUGAGAGAGACUGGACAGUUAGGUGCAGCAUACUUUUGCCGUCACAACGAUGGUACCAGAAACGACCCCAGAUAUCUCCUUGGAACUGUUGCCCAUCAAUUGUGCGCCUGUAAUGAUAAGUAUAAAGAAAUUGUAGGGGGAGAGAAGGGGGUAAAAAUGCUGUUAGGUAACUCUAAACUCGGUGUUAAGGAACUGUUUACUAAACUGUUACAUGAGCCAUUAAGUACGUGUAGGCCAUGUCAUCAGAAAUUGUUAGUUAUUAUUGACGCCUUAGAUGAGACUGAAAACGAGUCCAGGGAAGAUUUUCUUGAUCUUAUUAAGCAUCGUUUCCCCCUGCUGCCCGAAUGGCUUGUGUUCUUUGUCACCAGUCGCCCUGAAGAUUCUGUUCAAUCAAGACUGAAGAGAUACAACCCCUGUAUUAAAAUUUGUUCCGGUAACAGCGACCAGCAGAACUUUUAUCAGCAGCAUGAGCAAGAUAUCCAAACCUUUUUGAGAAAGAGGAUUAAUUUCCCUUGUGUUACCAUUUCGGUUGACGAUGUGUCCCAAAAAUGUGACGGAUUAUUCUUGUACGCACACUACAUUGUGGAAGAAUUGAAAGACGCUCUUGUUUCUGGUAAGAAAAUCAGUAAUUUAAACGAUCUUUUCCCGGGAGAUAUUGAAGAAUUCUUCCUGCAGAAUUUUCGCCGCGUCUAUGACCACGUGGGAGAAAAUAUCUUCCAGAAGCUGUUUGGUUGUGUCGUCGUAGCUCCAUCUCCGCUUCCUGUCUCGGUUAUUUCGUUCAUCCUAAACAGGGAAAACUCAGAUCAUGAUGAGCAACAAGUGAUCGAUGCUGUAUCGCAAUUUUUGGUGUUACGAAAUCCUGAUCAGACGUUAACUUUCCUGCACAAUCUGGUCCCAGCCUGGUUGACAAACGACACAAAGGCUCCACGCAAACUAUUGAUCUGUAAGAAGAUGGCAGGUAAGUAUCUUAGAGAAGUUUUUGUUGAAAUUCUCUCUUCAAUUAUCCAAGAAUCAUCAUCACCUUGCACAUCCAUUGACGUUAAGUUGAAGGACUAUGUGAUGCGCGUUGCGGUUAGCUUCCUGUGUCAGUUUGGAGGAAAAGAUUGGCUGGAGCUUGUGUUUACAUGUUUAACAAAUUAUCAUUUCAUAGAGAGAAGAUUGCGCUCUGGAAAAAUCGAGAUAUAUCAUCUGCUUCAAGAUUUGAAGCUUGUCAGAGGCUGCCUGGAUGUCGAUGACAAAAAGAAACAAGAUCUUCUUCAAGAGAUUGCGCAGGUACUUUCAUCAAACAUCUUUGUUCUCGUUGAAUGCCCGCAACUUCUGCACUCCUGUUUACGAACGGCCUCCAGUGCUGUUCAAGAAACUCUUCUGCUUUCCAAAUUGCCAGUUCCUUGGUUAGAAUGCACUGUUUUUGCUAAAGUAGACCCUGCAAUCGCUGAUAUGAAUUGUUUUGCCACAUCAUGUGAUAAGAAGACAGUUGUUGGGGCCAAAGGUCGGUCACUUGUGUUUUUUGAUGUACAUAGAGCGCAAAGAGCAGAUGGCCCUUUCGAGAUAAGCCAUGAGAUCAUUCACAAUAUCACUCACUUGGAAUACUCUCGUGACAGCAAAUUCAUUUUUUUUGGUCGGCUUGACAAGUGGUUUUCUGUUGAGCGAAAAUGCGUGGAGAAUUUUUUUCAGUUUAAUUGGAAUGCGACAGUUUACCAGUGGGGGUUCCUUACUCGUGAUGGAGAGUCCAUUGUGGUUAAAAGAAACAUGGAGGAUUUUUCAUGCCCAGGAAAUACUUGUCUUGGCAACUUACUUGCUCUGUGGGCUGUGAAGGAGAUUGAAGAGAGCCGAGAUGAUGUUACGAGUCUCUCUGAGGAAUUAGUGGUCGAGGGACCAAUUAAAUGCUUGCUUAAAUGUCUCUCAUACAAGGCAAGGCCUCAUGUGAAUGCAACAAAUCUUCUGGGCAGCUGCCGCUUUUGUCGUAAAUUACUUUCACUGACAGUCGAAGGGUACAAAAAGAUGUCCCUAACAGCGGUUCGUGAAAAGAUCAUAGAGAUUUACCCUUGGAUUUUCCAAAGGCAGAUGUUGGAUCUAAAGACUGGAAGACCUGUGUUGGAACGUGUGUUUUCGCGGGAUAUUCAGCUGGACCCAUUUACUUACAUCUGUCAUGUGUCGUAUUUUGUAAACAGAGGGGCAAUGGAAAUAGCGUUCUCUGAUUUUUCAGUUUGUAACAUUGCCAUAAUGACAGCUAUUCGAUACCUAGAGGGAAUUAUGAACCUCAAACUUGAGUGGGAACCACCUGUAGAGUUGAAGCCAGCAAAGAUGUCAGACCUCAAGCCAGAACCUACCGUCAAACUGGAGGAGUUACUAGAGGAUCUGCUGAUGAGAGACAUUACUCUGGGAUUGACUGAAGAGCUAAAGCAGAGAGUGAACCUUAACCUUGAAUGUGUAUUGAGAAGAAUCAAGGAGCUUGAGAAUGUGACUAAAGAGCAUGAAAUAGAGAGCCUUGUAAAAACAAAAUGUGAGCUGGAGAAUGAGUGGAAAAGUAAACUUAAGCUAAAGCGCGAAUUGGAGAAUGAGUUAGAUGUCCUACUACGCCGGAAGUGGGCUUUGAAUGUUGAAGUGGUAUUGAUACAAGAAUGUAUGGCGCAGCUGGAGAGAAAACUGAGCCUGGAGGUGAAGCACUUGGAACCAAAGUUAAAGGAAGAGGUGGCGUUGUUACUCGAACAAGAGCGCGUGCUGGAGCAGGAGUUGAUUGGGAGGAACCGGGAUCUAGAAAUCGAUCAACGGGAGUUGAUGCUACAACAAGGGCUGAAUUUGACAGUUGAACGUGUUCGUGAAUUGCAGAAUAAGUUAGCUUGUUUAGAAGAACUAAAGCGGAUGCCGGAAAGACAACGGGGACAGGAGCUCGAUCAAGUGGAGUCGAAUGUGAAACAGAAGCUGGAUUUCCUACUUGAACAAGAGCGUGAGCCACGACACGAAAUCGAUGUACUGGAGUUCAGAGAUUACCAAGUGCUGAAGUUAAUACUCGACCCAAAGCACAGAUGGAAGAGACAGCAACAGGAGUAUGAACAGGAUCUAAAUGCUUCGCGACUUCGCUAUUUCAAAUUGGAACGUGAGCUGACAAGUACAGAAUAUGAGUGGGUGGAACACCGAUCCCAUGAGCUCAAACAGCUGGAGGUAAAUGUAACAGCUGAGGAGGAGCUUAAGAGCUUACUUAUCGAAGAACAGGAACUGAUUGAUGGAAUCUUAGAUAGAGUGUUUCCUGGGAAGCGUGAAGUGGAGAAAAGACUUGAGACACUAAUAGAGAGGAAGGGAGAGCUUAUGCAUAAGAUGGAGAUGGAAUUAAGUAGAAAGAGAGACCAUGAGGUCAAAGGUGCGCAAUGUUGGGCGACAUGGAUGGAGAAAGAGCUUAUGCUCAAAGGUAGAGAGAAUUUGCUGAUGAAGGAAUACCGCUGGUUUCGGCUAAAUCUGUUGACAAGAAACCUAAAAAAGCAACUGGAACUAAGGCCGGAUGCAGAACUGGGAGUAUGGGAGUCGUAUCUCAGAGUAUUGAAGAAAGACAAGAUGGAGAUGCACCCUUACCUUGUGAAAGAAUUCCAAUACGGAUCAAUUAAGUUUGAGGAUUAUACGAAUUUUCCAGAAGGGCUUCACGAUGACGAGAGUAUAGUCAACGAAGAUAUUCUCAUUUACCUUUCACCAGGAGGAAAAUGGGUUUUAGAGGCCGAUGGUCUUCGAAACAAAAAUGUUUUGCGAAAAAGAAAUCGAGAGCUCUCGUGUGACCAUGAAACGCUGCAAUGUAAUAUUGGAAAAUUCACGCGCUUUUCAUUUACAAAGGAUGACCUUUAUCUGGUCUAUUUGACCGAUAAUGGUUCGCUGCACGCUUUGUCCCUCGAAACAGGUACAGUUUUAACCAGUGUGUCCAGCAAUCAAAUUAUUUAUUUCACAAAGCAACACGAGUGUGGCUAUUUGUUUUGCAGCGAUACAGAAGAAAAAGCCAUCCUUUUUUCGGAUUUAUCCAGCCCUUUCAAGUUUAUUUCAGCAUCACCAUUAGAGUUGCCUGUGGUGGAAAAAACGAUCGCAGCAGUCUUUUGCUCAACUAAUACAGUUCUAUCUGUUAGUUCUGAUUUAAAGGUUUCCUUUUGGCAGACCGCUGAACCUAAAGACGGCUCUAGUUUCAUUUCCCAGUCUCUUCACGACACGUCUGGCUUACAAGUGAAGAAUUGUGCGCUUUCUCCAAACGGACAGCUUAUUGCCAUUCACCAAGGAAGCAAGUUAAUGCUUUAUACCGUUACAGAUUUUAGCCUUGUGGAGACUCGCACAGUAUUCACAGAAGAAUUUGGUUACACGAUUUCGUCCCUUACAUUUUCAGGGGAUAGUGCCUCACUCCUCUAUUGUAUCCGGGUUUGGCAAAGCUUUACGCGUGGCGAUGUGUGGGACGUUGUGGGGAAGUUGGUGUCGAGUAGUGUGAAGUCGCAAGCAUUGGUCGUUGUUGAAUGUUGUUGCAUUUCAUCUGGCAAACAAGAGAUUAUGUUGUGUGGUAAGUAUCAGAUUGAGAUCUGGAAAUACGGUGAAAGGUCUUGUCACUUAUUGACAACACUCCAUAUAGAGGAGAUGUACCACUCUGUUAGGUUCAGUCAAUGUAUUGUCUCGUCUGACGACCAACUUCUUGUCUGUUGCAUCGCGAACACAAUUCUUGUCUAUCGUCGAAAUGCAUUAGACAUCAACUCCUCCAAGCGAGUCCUUCUUGGCCAUCUGGGUAAAAUCGAGUUUUGUCGGUUUCUUAAAGAAAAUCGUUAUCUUAUUUCCUAUGGUAUCGAUGGCAUGGUUUUCCUCUGGGAUACAAUCGAGUUUAAAGCGGUUGGAUUUGCAAGAAUUCCACUGGACACCGUAUGUAUGGCAGUGUCUCCGGAUGAAGAAAAAGCUGUUUGCUAUACGUCCACCAAUUUGAUAUGCCUGGUGAAACUCUGCAAACUGAAAAGUGACUUUUCAGUUUGGAGAGCUUCACCUUGGGGAUGGACUUUAAGUCCUUCCCAUUGUUUCAGUUAA